AUGGUCGUCGAGCAACAACCCGCUAAAGCGAUAACCAUCAGGGAAACAUCUACUCCAGUUCGGAUGGAGGAUAUAGGUUCAGGGUCCAAGAGGACCGAGAGUGAUGUUUGUCCUAGGUGUAAACAGAAAACUACCAUCAAGCCUAAAUCAGGCGCCAUUACCUCACAUCUUGUCUUAGCAGAGGGAUUACCAUCUGAGGAAAGCCUCCUCAGAAUGUUUCCAAGUUUGCCAGAGAUGGAUUGCAUCGAUACGAUUCAGGCUCUGCAUAACUUGCUUCCGACCACUAAUUCACUCGUAUCUCAUGCUGAAAAGAAGGCCUUGGAAUCUAAGGCUCGAUCGAAAGAAAAAAAAGACAAGUGGUGGAAUCCAAGAAAGUCCAAGCACUACAAAAAUUGGAUGACUACUUAA